AUGGCUUGCUCCACAACAUAUCCUAUGCUUUUUGUUCUUCUCAUCUUUCCCCUGCAUAUUUUAGCACAAACUAAGUUUACUAUACCAUUGGGCAGCUCUCUCACAGCAAAUCAAGAAACCACCCCUUGGCUUUCUCACUCUGGAGAUUUCGCAUUCGGAUUCAAGCAAAUUCAACCUCAAAACCAGUUCUUGCUUUGCAUAUACUAUGCCAAGAUAAAAGACACCACCAUAAUUUGGUAUGCAAAUGAUGGUUAUCCAGUUCCGCGAGGCUCUAUCGUGGAAUUAAAUCCACAAAAUGGACUAAUUCUCCGCGAUCCUCAGGGGAAAAUGAUUUGGAGCACUAGUCCGAUUAUAGCUAGUAAUGUUGCUUAUGCUGUCAUGAAUAAUACAGGAAACUUUGUUCUUGUUGGAAGUGAUUCUUCAGUUUUAUGGGAAAGUUUUCGAUAUCCAACUGAUACCCUUCUGCCUACUCAAAUACUAGAGAUUGACGACAAGCUGGUUUCUCGAAAAUCGGAGCCAACAAAUUUCGAUUAUGAUUCUGAGUAUUACAUUGGUCAUACUUCGAUCCUGAGACGAAGCCAAUUAAGUUAUCGAUUGAUAUUCGAUGAGUUAGGUUUAAACAUAUUAAAAAGAAACAAUCAAAGACUUUUAUUGACACCUCCCAAUGUCCCUUCAAUUUCAGAAAAUUAUCACAGGCUAAGUCUUGAUUUUGAUGGUGUUUUAACUCAUUACUAUCAUCCCAAGAGUACUACCUCUACGGGGAACGAAAGGUGGAGUACUCUUUGGUCUUUGCCUGAUAACAUAUGUCUAGCAAUUCUUGGAGAAACUGGAAGUGGAGUUUGUGGGUACAACAAUGUGUGCCAUCUAGGCGAAAAUCAAAGACCAUAUUGCGUGUGUCCAAAAGGGUAUUCGUUGACUGAUCCCAACAAUAAGUACGGGAACUGUAAACCAAAAUUUAUACCAAGUUGUGAUGAAUUUGGAAAGGGCAAUCCUGAAGAUUUGUAUGAUUUUGAUGUGGUGACGGACGUUGAUUGGCCAUUAUCAGAUUUCGAGAGGAUUUAUCCUUCGGCUGAAGAAGAAUGCAGGAAGGCGUGUUUAGAAGAUUGUUUUUGUGCAGUUGCUAUUUAUAGAAGCAAUAGUUGCUGGAAGAAGAAACUGCCAUUGUCAAAUGGGAGAGUAGAUACCACUUUGAAUGUAAAAGCUUUCCUUAAAAUAAGGAAAGUUUCAACAUAA